CGACUGGGCGAGCCCAAGCCGUACAGUGGGCAGCGAUCGGACCGGCAGCAGCGGAAGCACGUGUUCAGGGCCUGCCUCGGAGCGCUGGGCACGAGGCUGGCCAAGAACGUGGACGUACAUCGGAAGCGCAGCAGGACCCGAUCCCCUACGAUCAGCAAGAGCCCAGAGAGGAAGCGGCGCAACAGGACGUUGACGUUCAUCCUGAGUCAAGUGCUCACAGGCGCGUCGCUCCAGCUGGUGAUGAAGGUCACGCAGCUGAUGGGGAUUCUGAGUAUCAAGUUCGAUGGAGUCUCAGCCACCUUCGCAGAGCAGUUCCUGAAGCUCGAGGGUCGGUUCCAGCUCUACGAGAAGCAGCACAAUGACAAGUUAAGCGACACGCUCAAGCAGGCAAUCUUGAAGGCCAACGCGCCAGCAUCCAUCAAGGCGCAGAUCGACCUGCAGACGUUCGCGUCGGCUAACGACCUAAAGGAGACGAUGAGCAACUACAUUCAGCUCCAGACCAGCAGCAGUUCCCAUGGACAUUGGCGGCAUCAGUAA